AUGAACCUUCGCGACAAGGGAGAAAGGCACGCACCGUCUGGUUUCCCUUCACCCUGUCAGCUGAAGGUACCCCUGUCCGAAGAAAACGCUGAACAAAAAUCUGCCAGGGUCAAACGCCGUCGGACGCGACGGGAACGCGACUACAUCAAAUUUGGCAGGAAGGUGACGGGCAAAAUUCCAGAACAGAGACCCAACCGCAGGGGCCUGAAGAAGAUGCUGCCUCCUUUCUGGAGCUCCCAGCUUAGCAACUGUGCUAAAUCAACCCCCAUCAAAGGGAGCCGCUUUGCCAAAUCCGUCGUCAUAACCCAGAACAGACUGACCCAACAUCUGGGCAUCUUUAACAGAGAGGUGAAGUCCGCUGAUAUUGAGAGAUUAUUGAGUCCCAAGGCUCAGCAUGAUACCAUGGACGUGACUCCUAUCCAGAAAGCCAGCGGAGGGCUGUUGGGAGAAGAGAUACAGUCCUGUAGCUCUCUUGAUACAAACCAGAAAUCUGUUCCCGGAGAGCAAGGUGAAUGCACCUUAAAGGAUUUGAACACAGUGCACGAGGAUUCUCAUUGUACGGGAACGCCAGCCGCCCCUGCAUCAGCCAGAAACCACUGUCCUGUAGCUGUUGUGCAGGAAGUGGAUGCAGGCUGCAAACCUUCGUUGGCGUCUCCUGCUGCGACGUUCGACCAACAGGCUAUAGAGGAGGAAGCUUUCCAAAACAGCACAACAGUGGCUGCCAACGACAAGGAAAACGUCCCCCCACCUCCCGCAGAAGGCGUCGAGCUGAGAAAACGUGCGCAUCUGGCAAAGGAACUUGCUCGGGACUUAGAAAAACUGCUGGACCUCAAGGCAGUAUUCCCUGGGCGUGACUUAAUCGGUGAGAUGCGGCAGACGGUUAUCAGCGCCCUACUGCAGCAAAAGAAAACCUUGCCAGAUUGGUCUGCUUUGACGUUGCUCAGGAAAAAAGCAGGUGGUUGUAACACGGACGUAGAUUUCCAGAGCCCAGAUAACAGAGGCCAGAAAAAGUUGCUUUUGGAAGAAAAAUCUAGCAACUGCAAGACCAGGAACUCUGAGCAGAGCAUUUCUCUCAAAAAAGAGCGAGAACAAAAUUUCCUUUCCUGUUUCUCUCACGAUCCUACACAUAGAGCGGAAAGAGCGGCAGAUGACGGAGUAGCCCGAAGAGAAGAUUUUGAGUUGUUCGCUGAGCCAGAAGCACACGGCCCACACAGCUUCUUUUUAACGGCAGCUCAGCCUCACUCUCUCCUGUCAGCAUCUUCCGAGAGCGUGGAUUCAGCCAGCAGCUCCUUCGCUCUCCCAGAGGAACAGUGCGUUCCGCCAGCGGUCAGAACUGCUCGGCACCGGGAGCAAAGCCUGGGGGAAUCGAGAGGCAGGCCGGAGAGGUCCGAAGGCAAAAUGAGGGGCCCCCUGAAAAAAACGGCCACCUCCAAAAGGCAUCAUCAACUUCGCCAACCGCUUGCCGCCCGAGAUUCCUUUGGAUCGGCUGGUCUUAGCCAAAGCCCCGUCGGUUUCCUUUUGGCUGAUCCGCAGCCGUGUCCUUUUGCCUAUCAACUGAGGCCAGAUCGGUGGACUUCGCGGGAGGCAGAGUCUGCUCCCGUGGUGUACAGCUCGCAUCCAUCACAGGAGCUGCGCGGUUCUCAGCGUCUAGAUUUAGGACUUGCCGCCGUAGAAAGAGCUGCCCCAGAGUCCCAGACUUCUUUCGACGUCUUAAAAAGUAUCUGGAGUCCUAAACUGCCCAGUAAGGAAGGCAAACCCCCAGUCUCCCAAGCCCUGGCCUGCUCUUCUUUGGCUCACCUGCCCCUGUCUUCCAGAGAGCUGAAGUCCGAACAAGGGCAGCCAAAGGAAUUUUUCCAGCUCAAUGUCAUCUCCCAGCAGCCCCAUUCCUUCUACGGGCAGUGUUUUCAGCAGGACGUCUCUGCGCCCAGCAGGCACCUUCAGCUGAAGGGCGGACACUCUGCGCCAGGAAAACCUAGGCUCUAUUAUCAGAAAGUCUCGGCCGAGCAAGGAAGAACCUCCCACAAUUACCAAUUCUGGGGGCUGGCAGAGGCCUCUGAAAAAAUGCCCAGUUCUAGAGAAAAAGCACCUUCCAGAGCCGGGAAUCAGAUUUGUGGCCUGGAGAGGGUCCUCCAUUUGGGAAACGCGCAACAGCUGCAAGUCUUACAGCAACUGCCCAUGUCUUAUUUCCCCCCUUCUGAGGCUCUGGAGAAGGGGGAUUCCCCCCUCUGCACUUUACAGGGCCGUCUGUGGGGGCAAUCCAGUCCCGAGCCCUGGACCUUCCCGAGAAUGAAGUUGUACUGAAAACCACGUUGUUAAGAGAAACUUGUGGAAGAGAAAGAAAAUCACUCCACAUGAAUAGGAGAAUUGGGAACUAGCAUUAGCUACAUUGGACCUAUAAUUGCAUCUCUCUCGAUCAUUUUGUUCUGUGAUUAUUUUUUUUCUUUUCUUCUUCUUUUUUUUUUUUGGGGUAAAAGCCCACUUUGUUCAGGUCACUCAAGGAAAUAUAGUCUCUUUUUCCCAGGUAAACUGGCCCCAUCAGGCAAUUGCUUUAACAAAAGAUGAUGAGGGUUAGGGUUCUCUUUCCAUAGUGUACGAGGAGCCACAAAAUCACAUUACCAAUUUUCAUUAAACUGCAU